ACGUCUUCACGUACUAAAGAAAGUACUCAGAACAAAGUUUUUGAGUCUAUGUUUUCUGUCACUGCUGUACCAAAAAUUGUCCCACAACUCUCUCACGCAUUUGGAUUUAGCACUUCAAAAUCUAGCGAUGCGUUGAAGCCAACAAUUUCCCCGCACAGCACUGCAACUAAAUCAGCUCAUCCUGUACUAAAAAGUAGCAGUAAUAUGCUCAAACAACCCACCACCCCACGACUGGCAAUCACAACAGAGUUCCCGAGAGCUCAGCCCCACUUUACAGCAAAUAGCUCUACUCUCAGCGUAUCAAUUAUUCACAGCAUCUCAGAUCAUAAAUUCAGUACUUUGGUUUCGAAAGAAAAUUCACUUUUACAGACUACGAAUGAGAGAGAGCAAGCGGCACACAUUAUACCAGCGCGUAUAUUUGAUUCUAGUGUCAAGGACCCUUUAAACUUGAACAUGAUUAAAGAAGUAAAUACAUAUACUUCAGUGAAUCCUGCUCCGAUCCAGCAGAUGUAUAAUUACUCAUCUACCAGGCCAGCCAUAGCCUCAGCCCUGUCAUCUGUGGCCCACACCUCCAUAGGCCAGCCUCACCAAAGGCGAUCUGCCCCUCAGACAAGUCAGUCCCCCUCUUCAAUCUUUAACAUGUCUUCAGGCCAGCCAUGCUCAUUUAAACUGUUAGAGAAGACAGCCCAUUCAGAUGCUCUGCAUGCUCCUGUUGAUGAUAAUGAGCAGAGAUUGGUGCAGACCCUAAUGGCAUCGAUGAGCCCUAAAGCAAAUAACGAUCAAUUUCCUCUCAGCAACAUGUCACCGCUGCCAAAUCUCAUGCUGUUUGGAGAUGACAGUUUACCUGGCACCCAUAGCCUAAUGGGGCUAACAAGAUCGGCUUCAGAAAAAGAAAUAUUGAGGCACAACUCUGACAGUGAAUAUGCAAAUAGCGGAAGUGGCCAUUCGGAGUCCUUGUUAGGGACUGCUGAUGAGGAAAAUGAAACUGAGGAGAAUGACAGUGUGCUAAAGAUGUUGACCGUGGGAGUUACAAAGCAGAUGGCAGAGAGCAAAGAUGAAAAGAACAGGUCCCCUUUUAUAGCACAAACCAUUGACAGGAGUAAACACCAUGCUAGUACCACUGAGGAACUCAACUAUUUGUCUGUAUUACAGACUGGGAAACAAGCACUAAAAAACACUAAUGAUGACAAGCGCAAUGACCUGUUCAAUGCAGAUGGCAGUGGUGAUGCAAACAAUACAGUGAAAACUACCCUUGAGAAUAAUCAUCUUUCCCAGUUAGAAGGUUAUAUUGAAACAAGCACUCAGCCCAUCAUGUCUGCAAUUCAGAUCACUCACAAGAUUGACCAGGCAAUAGAUGAGGAUUUUCUGCCUGAUACAAAUGAUUUUGCUUCACUUGUGCUUGACGCAAAUGAUCGAACUGUCACCACUGCAUUUGUUGAGUCAGAUAGUCUGCCCAAAAUACCCCAAAUACAGGCUAAUGAUGUGACGAGCAUUGCUAUUUCUGAUAUUAAGCUUAAUGCAACUGAAAAGCAACAUGACCCUUUCACACCACAGGCCACUGCAGGUGACAAUGCUCCCCCUGACCCACAAAUUAAUUUAGGAAGUCACCUUAAGGUCCACAACAUAUCCACACAGCAGAUUGCUGACCGGAUUAUUAAUGUCACUUCUGAAUUUCAGAUAACCAAUACUAAAACCAAUGAUUUUUUGUCUCUGGCACCAACUGCUAGUGCAAGUGGUCUCAUUGUCUCCACAGAAGCUCAUGAAUCAGCGCUGACUACUAGUGAGAGUGUGCAAUUUGUUAUUACAAAGUCAUCUCAGGCUGCACAAGCUGAACGUAUGGUACAGUCCAAUAGUCAUACUGAGCCUUUGUCGCUGAGAGAGCCUCCCACAACUGCCACUAUUGGCAAACCCCCCCCUGCUGUGAGAAGAACAAACACAACAGAAAGACAGAGUGUAGAGCAGUCUGUGCGUGAAAUUUCUGUACAGGCGAUCAAACAAAACCAGCAUGUCCCGCCUGGUGUGCUCGCAAUAACACGUCCUAUCAAUGACCUGGGGAAGAGUGUUCAAGGUUUGCUAAAAGCCGCUCACAGAGCUAAAGGGGUACAUGACACAACGUCUACUAUGGUGAAAAGAGUUGAAAAUUCACCAUUUAAAGAUAUCACAACAACAAUGACAACAAGGACUGCUUUUGAAUCUAAACAUCCUAAACAUGAGAUGACUCCUACAGUACAUAGGUUGGACAGAGCAGACCAACAUAAGAAACAAGCCUUACCUGAAAAGAUACUUGGGGCUGUGAUUGAUUCUGUACCACCUAAGGGGAUCUUGCCUACAGAGAUUUGCUGCACUAAGUCAAGCGUGACAACUGAAACAGGUGAGAUUGAUCAUAUCGCUCUAGAGACGAUGUAUAAAACACAGGCCGGAAACACAGCAGGAGAUCAUUUAAAUGCAGUGCACAGUCCUGACACAGAACCAGAAAAUGGCAACUGUAGCACUGACCGUCCUGUACCUGGAAAGGCUACACCACAGGCCACCAACCAUGCAGUGCUUUCACCAGCCACCAGUAAUUCUGACCAUGACCACGCCACUGUUGAAGAGACUACGUCAAAAAAGGCCAAGAGUUUGACAGUUGAAACAUGGAGAGUACUUUUUGAAACUGAUCAUUUGGAGAGCAGUGGGGAACUUGUAGAGAAAACAAUACAAAUACACUCUCACAGAGAGACCUCUAAAACUCAGGAGGCUGUUGCAACAGAGGUCACUUUAUCUGAAGCAACUACUGCACAUAGCACUGUAAAGACUACGGAGUGGACACUGCUCACUGAAAAAAGUAUAAAAACACAAUUAAAUAGAGGAGCAGCCAAAGCUGAGAUAUUUGAGGCACAAAAUGCCACCAGGUCAGCGCGUGCUGUGGCUAAAGAAGAGCCAGGAGUACAAAAGUCUGGGCGCAGGCUGUUACUGCCAGAGUCUGAGUCAGAGCUGCCAAGGCUCAAACACAGGAGACAGACCUCACCUCAUCUUUAUCUCUCUGGUGUAACAGAAGUUUCAGAUGAUCUGUGUGGCAGUGGGAACUACACAGCAGAGAUGAGUCUGAACCUAGGUGGAGGUGUAGAGCCUGGGGAUUCUGUGCCUGCCCUGGGGAACCUCAGAGUGGUUAUCAACCUGAAGACAAACAACAGUCGGGUAAACCUCGAGGUCACCUCAUGUUGCCUGUCCCCGACCAUCCAGCCUGACCUCAGCAACUCUACCUGCUGCCUUUUCUCCAGGUUAGCAGCAGAGCCAGCGGGGAUCACACUGCUGCCCAGUGCCCUGUCAACCAGUGCCAGCUUCACCAUCAGUCUCUUCCAAAGGAUUAAUUACUCCGUAGUGUACCUACACUGUGAUCUCAGUGUCUGCCUGAAGAACCAAUCUGACUGUGAAAGGCAGUGCCUUCAGCAGAGGAAUGCAUUUUCCUUAGAGGGUCCAGAGGCUGUUGUUACCAAUCUCAGGAAUCGAAUAUCAUUUGGUCCAAUGUUGAAAGAAGUGAACAAUUCUACCUUCCCAGGGGAGAUAGACCCAUCAGAGCUGGACCUGGUUCUGGUCAUCAUCAGCCUGGUGGUUGGCUCCUCUCUUGUCACAGUGAUGCUGCUGCUGGUGUGGCUGGCCUACCGUCGCCGGGCAAUCUGGCUGCUCCACUCGGCAGCUCCACCAUCCGCCUGCUGUGGCUGUCUGCGCCCAGGAGGUGACUUGAUCCUACCGUGACCAAGGAGGAACCAUUGCCAAUUAGACUGAUCACGUCUUCACCAAAAUAGCUGCCGACAAAUACAUUAGUCAACAGACAGUGGAGCAGUCAAUCAUAUUAACUGUAGAGCAGAGGCGGGAGGUCGUAUUAGCCGGUACAGACCAGACUAGACGAUGAGAAGCAAUACAAUUCACACCUCUCAAAGGUGACACUGCGGUUGCAGUCAAAUUUCACACUUAACCAUGAGCAGUCUAUUAUCAUUCAUUGAAAAUAAACACCAUCCCCAAAUAGAAAAACUGCUCUGAUCCCUUUAUUUACCCUCAGUGGCAACAAGUCAAUACUCUUUGUAUCCCAGUUGGAUAUUGAUAGCUUGUUAAUACUGGUUUAAUAUAAUGCAUGCAUUCGUGGCUUGACAGUUAUAUUGAGCCGCUGUGAUCGACUGUUUAGUGAAAAUGUCUUUCAUUGGGUUAGAGAAAAUUCAAGCUCAUUUAUUAUCGCAAGAAAACCUACACAAACCCUCUGCAAUGCGGUUUCUUUUUAUCAAUCAAAAUGACAUCAUAUUGCAUCAAAAUAUUGUAAUAUGAUAAUGGAAAAUAAUGCAAAAAUGGUUCAUCUUUAAUGAA